AGCUUGCGCCUGCGCAGAGCUCUUCAAAGCAGAAGGUCGCGCUUGGAGGAAGUGGAGGCUUCGGGUCCCGUGACUGAAGCGCCCGUUACUACUUCUCUGAAGCUCCUCUCGGCCGCUUGCCUCGACACCCCGCCGCCAAGAUGCCUCGAAUUAUGAUCAAGGGGGGCGUGUGGAGGAACACCGAGGAUGAAAUUCUGAAAGCAGCAGUAAUGAAAUAUGGGAAAAACCAGUGGUCUAGGAUUGCCUCACUGCUGCAUAGAAAAUCAGCAAAGCAGUGCAAAGCCAGAUGGUACGAGUGGCUAGAUCCAAGCAUUAAAAAAACCGAAUGGUCUAGAGAAGAAGAGGAAAAACUCUUGCACUUGGCUAAGUUGAUGCCAACUCAGUGGAGGACCAUUGCUCCAAUCAUUGGAAGAACAGCAGCCCAGUGCUUAGAACACUAUGAAUUUCUUCUAGAUAAAGCGGCCCAAAGAGACAAUGAAGAGGAAACAACAGAUGAUCCACGGAAACUUAAACCUGGAGAAAUAGAUCCAAAUCCAGAAACAAAACCAGCUCGGCCUGAUCCAAUUGAUAUGGAUGAGGAUGAACUUGAAAUGCUUUCUGAAGCUAGAGCUCGCCUGGCUAAUACUCAGGGAAAGAAGGCCAAAAGGAAAGCAAGAGAGAAACAGUUGGAAGAAGCAAGGCGUCUUGCUGCGCUCCAAAAGAGAAGAGAACUUCGAGCAGCUGGCAUAGAAAUUCAGAAGAAAAGAAAAAGGAAGAGAGGAGUUGAUUAUAAUGCUGAAAUCCCAUUUGAAAAGAAGCCUGCUCUUGGUUUUUACGAUACUUCUGAGGAAAACUACCAGGCUCUUGAUGCAGAUUUCAGGAAAUUAAGACAACAGGAUCUUGAUGGAGAGCUAAGAUCUGAAAAAGAAGGACGAGAUAGAAAAAAAGACAAACAGCAUUUGAAAAGGAAAAAAGAAUCAGAUUUACCAUCAGCUAUUCUUCAAACUAGUGGUGUUUCCGAAUUUACUAAAAAGAGAAGCAAACUAGUACUUCCUGCCCCUCAGAUUUCAGAUGCAGAACUUCAAGAAGUUGUGAAAGUAGGCCAAGCAAGUGAAAUUGCGCGUCAGACUGCUGAGGAAUCUGGCAUAACAAACUCUGCUUCUAGCACUCUUUUGUCUGAGUACAAUGUAACCAACAAUAGUAUUGCCCUUAGAACACCAUGAACUCCAGCUUCCCAGGACAGAAUUCUGCAGGAAGCUCAGAACCUUAUGGCCUUGACCAAUGUGGAUACGCCACUCAAAGGUGGACUUAAUACUCCAUUGCACGAGAGUGAUUUCUCAGGUGUGACUCCACAGCGGCAGGUUGUACAGACUCCAAAUACAGUUCUCUCUACCCCAUUCAGGACUCCUUCUAAUGGAGCUGAAGGGCUGACUCCCCGGAGUGGAACAACUCCCAAGCCAGCUGUCAACUCUACCCCAGGUAGAACUCCUCUUCGAGAUAAGUUAAACAUUAAUCCCGAGGAUGGAAUGGCAGACUACAGUGAUCCUUCUUAUGUGAAGCAGAUGGAAAGAGAAUCCCGUGAACAUCUCCGUUUAGGGUUGUUGGGCCUUCCUGCCCCUAAGAAUGAUUUUGAAAUCGUUUUACCAGAAAAUGCUGAGAAGGAGCUAGAAGACCGUGAAGUAGACGACACUUACAUUGAGGAUGCUGCUGAUGUAGAUGCUCGAAAGCAGGCCAUACGAGAAGCUGAACGUGUAAAGGAAAUGAAACGAAUGCACAAAGCUGUCCAGAAAGAUCUGCCAAGACCGUCAGAAGUAAAUGAAACUAUUUUAAGACCUUUAAAUGUAGAACCACCUCUAACAGAUUUACAGAAAAGUGAAGAACUAAUCAAGAAAGAAAUGAUCACAAUGCUUCAUUAUGACCUUCUACAUCAUCCUUAUGAACCAUCUGGGAAUAAAAAAGGAAAACCUGUAGGAUUUAGUACCAACAAUUCAGAACACAUUACUUAUCUGGAACAUAACCCUUAUGAAAAAUUCUCCAAAGAAGAGCUAAAAAAGGCUCAGGACAUUCUGGUGCAGGAGAUGGAAGUGGUAAAACAAGGAAUGAGCCACGGAGAACUUUCAAGUGAAGCUUAUAACCAGGUGUGGGAAGAAUGCUACAGUCAAGUUUUAUAUCUUCCUGGGCAGAGCCGUUAUACAUGGGCCAAUCUAGCUAGCAAAAAGGACAGAAUUGAAUCACUUGAAAAGAGGCUUGAGAUAAACAGGGGUCACAUGACAACAGAGGCUAAGAGAGCUGCAAAGAUGGAAAAGAAAAUGAACAUUUUGCUUGGGGGUUACCAGUCUCAUGCUAUGGGGCUCAUGAAACAGUUGAAUGACUUAUGGGACCAGAUUGAGCAGGCUCACUUGGAGUUACGUACUUUUGAAGAACUCAAGAAACAUGAAGAUUCUGCUAUUCCCCGGAGGCUAGAGUGUCUAAAAGAAGAUGUUCAGCGACAACAGGAAAGAGAAAAGGAACUUCAACAUAGAUAUGCUGAUUUGCUGCUGGAGAAAGAGACUUUAAAGUCAAAAUUCUGAAGAAUAGUUUAUAUUCUGUCAUAGGAUUAAUUAAUUGCUGGUUUUCAUACUCUGGAAGGCUGAAACUGAUGCUUAUCUUCAUUGACAAAUUUACCCACCAUCUGUGGUUUUGGUUGUUUAUUUUCAGUGAUAUUGGUGUUACACAAUCUGUGUGUAGACUUUAACUCCCCACGAUGUACGUUUUAGGCUUUAAAUUAUUAAGGCGAUCAUUCUUUUAGCAGUGUCAUGUUUGUAAGAUUUUUUUAGUUUUGGCCUUUAAUUUUAAAAGCCUGAUUUUAAAGUGCUGCCUGUGAGUAAACUCUUGAAUAAAAACAAAAUGUAAAAAAUUGA